AUGGGUAUUUUGGCGCGGGAUGCCAAUCUAAUUCCGAUCAAGUAUUUAAAAUGGGAAAAAGUACCAGACUAUUGCAAACUUGAUGUCUGGGACACUCUACGGGGCACCAUUGAAUUUCGUCCUGAACAACAACCUAUGGUUCAUGUCUUCAAGGAUGUAACAAUGAAGAAUAUUGAAAAAUUGUGGAGAAGUUUCAAGAGUGAUUUGAAGAAAGCUUAUUAUAAGCCUUUCACAGGAAGUAAAAGACGGUGGCAAUGUGGGGAUUCUCGUGUAGACCCAGAUCAAUGGAGGGUGUUGGUUGAACAUUGGGAAAAAGAUGAGAUUGCAGAGCAAGCUAAAAGAAAUGCUGAAAAUCGGAGUAAACAAACAUUGAAUCACACAUCUGGGACAAAGUCUUAUGCUCGCAGCAAAGCACAAUAUAAUAAGAAACAUGGUGAAGACCCCGAUCCUAUUUGGUUUUUCCAAGAUAAGCAUACACGGCGUGACGAAGAUCGAUCAUGGGUUAACUUGGUGGCUGAGCAGAAAUAUGCUGAAAUGCAGGAAAAGUUGAAGGAAUUGGUUGAAGAUGAAUGUCCUGAUAAUUUAGAGACACGAAGAAGGGCUUAUGUUGAGGCAAUGGGUCCUGAGACAAAUAAUAGUGUUCGUGGUGAAGGACUUGGGGUGAAACCCCAUCAGGUGCCUUGGAUUCAGACGAAAGCAGGGUCAUCCAAGAGAUUGCGAGGGCAUGACUAUGUUCACCUUGAGUCACAGUAUGUAGAGUUACAAGAAAGGUACAAACAUGACCAGGAUCAUUGGCGUUCUGAAUUGAAGGCGACGACGCAGGAGUUGCUGAAGCAUAACCAGCAAGAGAUUGAGGAAAUGAGGCAGAUGUUAUCACGCUCGUCAGCUUCGCAUCAUCCAUUGUACCAGCAGCUGCCAAACCCAUUCCAUAUGUCGUAUUACUCGCCGCAGAUGUUCCAUCAAAUGCCUUAUCAAGCCAGGUCAGUUACUCCUACUGGUGGGUUAACUGGAUUGCUGAGGGGGGAUGCAUACCCAAGUGAGACAGACUUUUUAGAAUCAGAUCAAGGUACUCAUGGACUUGAAUAG